UAUUCUGGGUAAUUGCUCAAGUCUUUCCAGGGGAGCUAGCAUGAAGCGUGGAGCCUUCAUUCGUUGUUUGCCUCACUGAUAUUUAUUUGAAGCAACGCCCGAUUAAAAAAAAAAAAAAAAAAAAAAAAACUGAUCAAAAACGCAAUAAUGGCACUCACACCUCUUGUUUAUUGGGCUCAACGCCAUGAAGAAAUUUACCUGCGAGUUGAGCUCACAGAUGCUCAGAAUAUUGACGUCCACGUGGAUGAAAAUGUCCUUCACUUUUCAGCCCAGGGGCAUGGUGCAAAAGGACAAAAUGAGUACAAGUUCAGCUUGGAGUUCCUCUUACCAGUAAAGCCACAGGUCAGCUACAAGUCCACACAGCGGCAGGUGAACAUUACAGUGCACAAAAUACAGCGAGGUUGGUGGGAAAAGCUGACUGUCCAGGAGCGUAAACCUGUCUUCCUGGCACCGGACUUUGAUCGCUGGCUGGACGAGUCAGACGCUGAGAUGGAAAUCAGAGAAAAGGAGGAGAAAAGGAACAGGCUGAAGGCUUCAAGACAAAAAGAAGAAGGGUUCGUCAGCCUGAAAACUGUGUUCUUGAUUGUGUACAACCUGGUCCAGUUUCUUGGUUUCUCAUGGAUCUUUGUCAACAUGACAGUGCGUCUGUUUAUCAUUGGCAGAGAUUCCCUCUAUGACACAUUUCACACAAUUUCGGAUGUGAUGUUCUUCUGCCAGAUCCUGGCAUCAGUAGAAGUCCUGAAUGCUGCUUUUGGUGUAGUCAAGACAGGUGUUAUACCAACUCUUAUACAGAUGGUCGGAAGGAAUUUUAUCCUCUUCAUCAUUUUUGGUAGUCUGGAGGAAAUGCACCACAAGCCAGUUGUGUUCUUUGUUUUCUAUCUGUGGAGUGCUAUUGAAAUUUUUAGGUAUCCCUUUUACAUGCUGGGCUGUUUCAAUACAGAGUGGAAAACCCUCACUUGGCUGCGGUAUACUGUCUGGAUGCCACUGUAUCCACUAGGUGUUUUAGCAGAAGCUGUUGCAGUGAUCCAGUCCAUCCCCAUCUUUGAUGAAUCUAAACUCUUCAGCAUUCCUCUGACUAAAGUGAUUGGGACCUCUGUCAGCUUCUCUUACUUCCUGUACAUUUAUCUUGUUCUCAUGUUUUUGGGACUUUUUAUCAACUUUCACCACCUUUACAAGCAGAGGAAGAGGCGCUUCCGGACCAAAAAGAGGAAAGCAAAUUGAGACUCAACACCAACAGCAAACCUUGAACGCCUUUGCUGCCUGCUUAUUCCUUGACAUUUUAAUGAUCAUCAUCCAUAUGUCAAGUUUAUUAUCAACUCAAUUUUUGACAGCCUGUCCAUA